GUUCGAGCUUUUUUAGACUUAAACUGGGCCUGGAAAACUAAACAACGUUUUGGGAGACAGCGAAAACCACGAGGGCUGUGUGUAUCCUCUUACAACACAAUAACCAAGUGGGGCUGCCAAGACUGAAUCCCCCUGCAGGAGUGGGGGCCCUCUUUAGGUGUCAGACUGUGGACAGGCGUGGCAGUGGGCUGGUCCAGGCGAGCAGAGAGAUGAAACACAUCAGCAGGGUCCAUUGAUUUGGUUUCAGCUGAGGCCCUGAUAUAGUCUGACAAAGGGAACCUGGUUUCGCGUUCCAGCUUUGAUACAUUUGCUGUAAUUAACCACAUCUGCUUAUUCUGAGGGCGGCUGUGGGCUGUGGGUGUGCCGCACCCACGCAGAGGGCACCGUCCUGAGGAUGCACUGAGGGCUAAAAGAGGAAGGGGACUACAUCCUGAGGAUUUUAUGAAACAAAGGCGAGGUGAUGAUGCAUCCUUCAGUGUGACCGUGGAUUAAGUGGAGGAGGAAGCAGAGGCGGUGGGCCGGCAGCCAGAUCUCCAUGUCUCCCCUCAGUCAUUAGGGCCCUCCCUGGAGAGAGAGGCUUUCUGUCUGCUGCUUGUCAGCAGCUGGGCCCCCUCUACCCCCACAGAGAAAGUCAUACUCUCUGUGAACCGAAAUCUGCUGUGAGUAAGAGGAGAGGGCUGCUGCUUCAAAUUUAAAACGUGGAUAGACGGGAGGCUUCCCAGGCAAUUUGUUAAAAACAUCCAACUUGAUAUUUUGAAUAAAGUCAAUCUAAUGUAUUUUGAACAGUUAAACACCAAAGACAUAGAGAAUGAGGAGAUAAGCAGGUUUUCCUUUAAUAUCAUAACACAGUUGUUAUGAUCUGGAGGAGGUUUGACAGUGAAACAAUGUCAUGCAAAUCAGGGAAUCAUUAAAAAGCUUAGUCAAUACAGGAGCAAAUGGCAGAUGAACUUAGAUAUCUAAUGUAAUGUCUCACUAAUUGUGUGUGCAGAAAGCUUAACGGGAUAAAGUGCAGUUUAUCCAGAAACUCCAUUAAAGGUUUAGUCAUCUGUCAGCUUUUCUCACAUGCAGAGCUAGGAAAUGAGAAAUUCAUUUACAUAUGAUGCAAUGCUUUCUCUGUUGGGAGUAGAUGUGAUAUGAGAUGCUCUAAUAGUAAUGUUGCAGUGAUGAAACUAAGAAAGUAAGAAAGUAAGCGAGCCAGUUGGGGAGAUGUAGUAUAGGAGAGAGGGUGUGGUGCAUUUGGGACCUUAUCUGCUCCCUGCAGCCCUGUAUGUGUGUGUGUGUGUGUGUGUGUGUGUGUGUGUGUGUGUGUGUGUGUGUGUGUGUGUGUGUGUGUAACUGGGGGUGGGGCGAGUGCUCCGUUCAGAAGAUCCUUACGGUAACUCUUUACUCUUUCUCCAAUUACUGCGCUGUGCACAAGCUUGUGUAUCACAAGCUAACUUCCUGUCUGUGGCUCUGAUGCUUCUGCCUGCAUGUGAGCUCUUACUGCUAAUGCUCCAUUUACUUCAGCUCUGCAUUUCCACCAGCCAGUGCCCUGAGGGAUGCAGCAUCCUUAAUGUGAGGCUCUCCCCGUCCAUCCUUGGUUGUAAGUCACAAAAAGUAGAAGAUGAGUAAGUCCCCGACCCCCAAAAGCACCCCGGUGCAGCGCAGCCCCAGUGAUGGGGUCCCUGAGAGCCUCCCGUCCCCUCAGCACUCCACACCUGGCUCUGGACCUCAGCACAAGAAACGCAUCUCCAGCCUCCUCCAGAGUCCGUCGUUCAGGGAGGAGCUGGAUGUGCUGAUCCAGGAGCAGAUGAAGAAGGGUGGCAGUUCAUCCAACCUCUGGGCACUGAGACAGCUGGCUGAUUUCAUGGCCUCACAUGGCUCUCCAGCCGCCCUGCCAGUCUCCCCCUCCAACAUGAUGAUGGUAACACCCAUCAACGACCUUCACGGCUGGGAGCCUGGCAGCAUGGUGAAGGGGGAGAGGUUGAUGCGCUGCAAGCUGGCCAGCACCCAUCGCCUGUUCGACCUCUUCGGCUGGGUGCAGAUCAGCCGCACAUGUCUCACUCUGCGUGUGAGCAAAGAGCAGGAACACUUCCUGGUGCUUCCAGAUGGACUGGCCUAUAGUGAGGUGACAGGAUCCAGUCUGGUGAAGGUGAACAUCCUGGGUGAGGUGGUGGAGAAGGGCAGCACCAACCUCGGCGUGGACACAGAGAAAUUCAGCCUACACUCGGCCAUCUACUCUGCACGGCCUGAUGUCCGCUGCCUGCUGCACCUCCACACACCGUCCACGGCUGCGGUUUCAGCCAUGAAGUGCGGCCUCCUGCCUCUCUCCCAUGAGGCUCUGCUGGUUGGUGAUGUGGCUUAUUACGACUACAAUGGAGUCAUGGAGGAAGAGGAGGAUAGGGUGGAGCUGCAGAAAAGCCUGGGGCCAACCUGUAAGGUGCUGGUGCUGAGGAAUCAUGGCAUUGUGGCUCUUGGGGAGUCCAUGGAGGAGGCCUUCUACACCAUCUAUCACAUCCAGGCUGCUUGCCAGAUCCAGGUGACAGCUUUGUGCUCUGCCGGUGGAGAGCAGAACCUGAUCAUGCUGGACCGAACCAUUCAUAAACCUAACAUCGCUGGCACCGUGGGCUGGGCUGGCUCCACAUUUGGACCUCUUCACAAGAGCCGUGUCGGCGAGCACGAGUUCGAAGCUCUCAUGAGGACUCUGGAUAACUUGGGCUACCGUACAGGCUACGCCUACCGUUUCCCUGUGCUGCUGGAGCGAACGCGGACAAGGAGGGAGGUGGAGGUGCCCGCGACCGCCACCACUUUUUACCAGUUUGAUGAUGAUGGCGUCCACCCCGCUCUGAGGCAGCACCCGUUUGCUCAGCGUCAGCAGCAGGAGAGGACCCGAUGGCUCAACACCCCAAACGCCUACCAAAAAGUCAACCAGGAGCAGGCCAGCCCGGGACACCAGCGCACCACUUGGUUAAAGGCAGAGGAGAUGACCCAAGCUGGCACAGCCAUCAAGAUUGAGAAUCCAAACCAGUUUGUGCCUCUUUUUACCAACCCUCGAGAGGUUAUUGAAACACGGAACAAGAUCCGACAGCAAAAUCGUCAGGACAUGAAGACCGCCGGACCACAGUCUCAAGUCCUCGCUAGCGUAACAGUUGACGGGCCUCCGUCUCCAGUCAGCCCACCUAAACUCCCACCAGAGCCAGAGCCUCCCAACCCCUUUAACCAGCUGACAGACCAGGAGCUGGACGAGUACCGCAAGGAGGUGCAGAGGAAACAGGAUGGAGGGACCGAUGAAGAGGCAAAGCCUGAAUCUCCAGCCAUAGAAAACGGAGGUGAGGAGGAGAAGCAGACGACAGAGGAGCUGGAGAAAGGGAUGAAGGCUCUCUCAACCAACGACACCUCCACCACGCCUGCUGCUCCGCCCGCUAAACCGCAAGGUGUCACCCCUGAGGGCUCUCCUUCCAAGUCCCCGUCCAAGAAGAAAAAGAAGUUCAAGCCGCCGUCGUUCCUGAAAAAGAGCAAGAAGCAGAAGGAGAAAGCAGAGACCUGAGGAGCUCAGACGACAUGGACCUCGGUGAAAUACAGCUGAGCGACAUUUUCAGUGUGUGACAGAUGACUCGACCACAUCAGAUCUAUUCAAACACAGUCACUUCAGACGGCACUUACAGACACGGUGUUCCAAAACAACAACAAAUACUUUAACAGAAGUGCUUGCUAACUAUGUACAUCUGUGUGGUGAUUUAUCUUCAGCAGGUUUAAACACUGAUAACUGCUUUCACAUAUUAUUUCAUCGAGGUCUGAGACAACAUUUUGACACACUACGUCUUGUCACACAAACAAACACAGUCCCUGUACUACUCACUUCUUCUUUUCACCUGCUGUGCUCAAACCAUUAUCUAACUACACUGUUUACGCAGUCAGACAUCUUCCUUUCUAACACUGGGGCUGCUGGCGUGAUCCUGUGCACUCGCCCCUCACAGUUUAUUUAAACCUUUUUUUUAUAUCCACAUCUUUGCAAGACACAGUCAGAACGGGCAUCUCUUUGAAUUAUGCACCCUUUCUCCAUGUGUAGACACUUACCACAUGUAUAUUUACAUUUGAGUAUGUUGCAUUUGUUGAUCAUCUUAGGCAUCCUCUUGUCAUGAUUUGGUUCUAUUUAUCAGAUAGGUGUUGCAGGUAUGCUACGUGAGCACAGGUGUAGUACAUGUAGAAAUAUACUGAUAGCUACUGAUUGUGCUGCUCUGAUGCUGGUUUUGUGUUAAACUAGUCCACCAACAUAACUACUACAGCAGGGAUGAACAAUGAAAGCGAGAGCGGAGAAAAUAAACUGGCUUGCAACAAAACCCAAUCCGCCAUAAGAACCACCACGACUCCAAACGAAAAGAUGAAGCGUAAAGAGUUUGUUGCUUGCCGAUGCAGUCUUAACAACAGUAACAGAAAAUACUGAAGGUACGAAACAUUCCACUUUCCCAUUUUCUUUUAAAUGUAUGUGUGCAAGAUACCUCUGUACUGUUGUAACUUUCUUUCUGUUUGAAGUAGCUGUUAGCAAAACUGCUGAUGUGCGAUGUUUGCUCAUUGUUUUUAUUUAUUUUAUAUUAGGAUGUAUAAGUGUGUGUUGCAAGGUUACCAUGUAUCUGUCAUUAAAGAUCAACUUUGAUUUGAACCAGCUCGACA